UGGGCAUAUUUUAUAUCUGUGCUCCUCAUGGACAAUGCCGGGUACAGCAAGUGGGGCUGCGACCUGGAGGAGGCACCUGGAGGAACCCAAGUGUCCUGGGCUCCGUCCUCAGGGCCCAGGGAGGAAGGAUGUUCCUGUGCAGGAGAGACCCAGGAGUCCAUCUGUGUUAUCCCAGAGUCCUGGCGACACUGGGGAUGGAGACUUCUCUGGCUAGCUGUGACUUUCAUGAUUGCCACCAUCCUGUGGGGCCUCAUUCUGACCAUCGGACUUUCCAAGGCCGCCACAGAGCACGGGGCUCUGCUCGGCUACCAGGACCUGCUGAGGACAAAUGCCUCGGAGCAGAUGGAGGUGCUGGCUGCCCUGAAGGAGGAGAUCCAAUCCUGCAAGAGAUGCUGCCAGGGGACGCAGGCGCAGCUGCAGACGGCUCGCACCCAGCUUGGGGAGGCGCAGGCAAAGCUGUUCCAGCAGGAGAGCGCCCUGAAAGAACUGAGCGAGCGCGUGACCCAGGGCUUGGCUGAAGCGGGUAGGGACCGCGAGGGCAUCCGCGCUGAACUGUUGAGGGCGCUGGAGGCGGCCCGGCUCGGGAACCGCCCCUGCGAGCAGUGCCCCGCGUCGUGGCUGCCCUUCCAGGGCUCCUGCUACCUUUUCUCCGAGCUAAAGGCCACAUGGGAAGAGGCGCAGCACAACUGCACCAGCUCUGGCGCGCACUUGGUGAUUGUGGAAGACCUGGACGAGCAGGGCUUCCUGAGUCGGAACACGCGAGGCCGCGGUUACUGGCUGGGCCUGAGGGCCGUGCGCCGCGCGGGCAUCAUCCAGGCUUACCAGUGGGUGGACGGAGUCUCGCUCAGCUUCAGCCACUGGAGGCAGGGGGAGCCCAAUGACUCAGGGGGGCGCGAGGACUGCGUCAUGAUGCUGGACACGGGGAUGUGGAACGACGCGCCGUGCAGCGACGACGAGAGGGACAACUGGAUCUGUGAGAAGAGGCAGAGCUGCUGACCCCGCGCAGUGCCCCCGAGCCACGCCCACCGCCACGUAAACCGUCUGUGAGCUGCUCACAGUCAUGGAUCCGCCCAGGGCCAUGGAUUUUUUUUUUCCACCAACCACUCCUGCAAACCACCCCGCCCAACGCAGCCCGGUCUAGUGCCUGGGCCCUGGGACCCCUGCUCCAACUUACCUGCAACUCCUCACACGCAGGCCUAACCUGGGCUUUACCUGCUUCAAAAUCCAGCUCCUUGGCCCACGUUCUCACCUCGCUUCCCUCCCUAGCCCAAGUCAGCCGAUCGGGGCUGAAGCUGUCUCGUUUGCCUGCAUUUUUCCCCAGACUGGGAGGCCUCAAAGAUGGUGGUUUUGUGAGCUGUCUUUGCUGCCCUAGGGAGCAUCAAUAAAAGUUUGAGAAAUGAAUCUUGGUUUCUGGCUCUGUUGAGCUGUUCUAAACUUUAUGCCAGGGACCCUGAUGAUCCCUGUGGGUGUCCCCGACCUCCCUAAGUGACCUCCAGGUCCUAAGAGGUCCCAAAACCCAGGAGUAACAUGCACUGGGUAAGGAGGGCUGCAUGGAAUGGGGGAUAUAGUUAUAAGUCAGACCCAGUUGUUACCCCCCCAGGACCCCCUCAUUCUGGUCUAGCUGGGCAUGGGAGUCAUGUGAGCAGCGACUCAAUGGAGGAAUGCAAGAAGGAGUGACAGGUGAUGCAUUUGAAUGAGCCCUCUUUGUCCUCAAGACAGGGACUGUGCUGACCUGCUGCAGUGGUGGCCCCUUUCCUUGAGCAGGCUGGCACCCCCUUGUGGAGAUGACAGGCAGUCUGAGGCAUGGCCGUGGGGCAGCUGGGAGAGAGGUUGCCCAGAUCUGAUGAGCGGGUCCCUUCUGUCUCGGGCACCAACUUUCUGUGACCACUGGGUAGGGCGAUCAGGAAAUACAUCCCAGCACAGAUGGGCUUUCCAGGAACAAUGGGGUUUCAGCACGUGGAGCUGGGAAGGGAGGGCUUUGCAGGCAGAGGCUGUUGGAAGGUGUUGAGUAUGGCUGAGCACAUUUGGGCGUGCACAGUGCACAGAGCCUGGAUUUAUCAACUGGGGCCUUUUGAUCUGAAUUUACCCUGUACCCCCAAAGUUUCCUGACUCCAUCUUGGGGACCUUGGGGCUCUCCUAGAAUUUCCAGAGGAGAGGGGUCCAGCUAAGGGGAAUGACAGGCUGAGCGGGAAGAGGAGACAACACCACCCCCCCCCCUCCCUGGCCAGGUGGAACCUCUCAGUGCUGUAACCGCACAGCCCGCAACCCUUCUUUUGCCCUCUACAACUGCAGCCCAGAGCGAGGCCCAGGGUGUGGACAUCUUGGGAGCCAAGAGGCAGCCUCACACAAGAUGUCGCCUGCUGACAAACAGACUCACAGGUGGGGGUGCCGCCAAUAGCUGCCUGGUGUCCUAAGUGCUUGGAGACCUGGGUGAAUGAUGGUCUGGAAUACUCACAGGCUCUAGUCUAACUGACGACAAUCAGAUGGAGACCCCCGGGUGACAGAAGAGCAACAGAGACAGAUUGAAAGCAGAAGAAGCCCUGGUGUCUCUCAUGGGGAUGGAGCUGAGUGAGCACUGGCUGUGGCAGAGGUUGAAGGAAGAGACCUCCGAGUUAGGCAUGACCUGCCCUAGGUCUUCCAAGGACCUGGCCCUGGCCAGAGCAAGCCCUCUAGUUCCUGGUACCCCAGCUCAGACACUGCACCACAGGGCCCAAGGGAGCCCAGGACAGGAGCCCAGAGAGCAAGGAGGCUGGCCUGGAGACCCCCAUCCUGCCUUCUGCACUCCUGGUCAGCUCACAGGCACUGCCUCCCAGCCGCCUGUUUCUAACCCUCCAGCGUUGAGUGGGCACAUGGAGACCCUGAAUGAGAGGGUCAGGGUCAUGUUCCCCCCUUUCUGGACUCUUGGCACCAGGUCCUUCCCCCUCCAAGAUGCAACUGUCCUGAGAAGAAAUGGGUCCCUAUAACCUAACCCUAAUCCUGGCACAGACCAUGACCUUUAG